UCAGACGGGGACCAGGCUGAGUUGGGAGCAGCGGUAGAGGGCGUCUGCCCCACAGUGCCCAAUACAGGAAGUGCACCCUCCCGGCAUCCGGGAUACACACACGAAACCCUCCCAGUCCUCUACGGCCGUCUCUAUGGUUCCCUAGAGGCCGCGGGACAGCACUUCCGGUUGGAGAGAGCACUUCCCACCCUGCUUCCAGUCUGGGUCUCACUCCCGCCCUCCUCGGGGCAGGGUGACUUCCGGUCUGCGAGAGACUUCCGGCGAGUGAUCGGGGCAACUGGGCAGCUCGGGGCAGGGCGGCUUCCGCUUCCUGCCAAGCGGCGCAUGCGCCGGGGGUACCCGGGAAGUUCCACCGGGCGUGGGGUGGGGAGGGGGGACACGGGCGAGACCAUGCGAGACCGCACCCGGGAACUGCGGGAGGACAAUGGCAGCUCGGAGGAGGACGAGCCGGAGCGCGUGGCCCUGGUGUUGCACCCAGGCUCGGCCGGCGACACGGACCCGGGGCACCAGCUGCUGCUCACGGCGCGGGGGGUGCGCGAGGUGCUGCGCACACUGGCACAGAAGGUGGCCGAGCUGGAGAAGCAGCAGAGCACGAUCCUGGCCACGCCCCUGCCCGAGGACGGCAUGAAGCGUGACUUGCAGCGACUGCGGGAGGAGAUUCGGGAGCUCGCCAAGGACGUGCAGGCACGGCUCAAGGCCAUGGAGCCCAAGAAGGGGGCUGAGGACGAGAACCACAACACGGUGGCUGCCCGCAUGAGGCGAACACAGCAUGGGAUCCUGUUCCAGCAGUUCCAGGCGCUGAUCAACCAGUGCAACGCCAGCCAGUCGGCCUAUCGCGACCGCAACGUGGAGCGCAUCCAGCGCCAGCUGCAGAUCACUGGCGGUGGGGUGGUGUCGGACGAGGAGCUGGAGCAGAUGCUGGAGACGGGGCAGACCGAGGUGUUUGUGUCCAACAUCAUGAAGGACACGCGGGUGACAAAGCAGGCGCUGAACGAGAUCGAGACGCGUCACGGCGAGAUCCUCAAGCUGGAGCGCAGCAUCCAGGAGCUGCACGACAUGUUCACCUACCUGGCCACCGAGGUGGAGCUGCAGGGCGAGAUGAUCGACCGCGUCGAGAAGAACAUCCUGGACUCGGAGGACUACGUGCACAAGGGCCACCAGCACCUGGCGGCCGCCCGCGAGAGCCAGCACAAGGCCCGCAAGAAGAAGGUGAUGAUCGCCAUCUGCCUCUCCCUCACGGUCGUCAUCAUCGUCAUCAUCAUUGGCGUCGCCAUCAGCACCGGCUAGCAUCACCCCUUCCCGCCCCCCUUCCCACCACAUGGCCACAGCCUAUUGGGCAGGGACUGGAAUAGGGGGCUGGAUGGGUUUAGGGGCGGAGCCAGGGUGAUAGAGGGGUGGAGCCAAGCUCCCUCCGAUUCCUGCAGUUCCAACCUCACUGCACCUCCCCCAGCCUCCAAGCUGGGCGGGACCCUUGCACUGACAGACAGACAAGCUGAGGCUACUUCCUGUCUUGGGUGGGGCCACUUCCUGCCAGUUGAUUUUCUCCCGUGGUCCCACCCUUCCUAUUUCACUUCUGGUCCGGGCCAUUUCUCCCCUCCCCCUUCUAGAUUUGUGGCCCACUUCUUGCUGGGGGUGGGCCUUGCCCCUCUCCCCUAGACCCACUUCCUGUCUCACCCUGCUGUGGGGCAGGGCCCACUUCCUGUCUCACUGGGUGUCACUUCCUGUGGCUGCCACCAUGUGCGGGCAGGCUUUAAAGGGGCGGGAGCCUGGACGUCUGGGUCCCUUCCAGCUCCUGGACGCCUGGUUCUUCGUGCCCCUCUCUUAACACUGCCUUGUGCCCUCUGUGCCUUUUUUAGGGGGGGACCCUGACUUGUCCCCCCACAUCACUACAGCGCACACCAGUAUUAACCCCUUCCCUCCUGGGCGCCUGGGCACCUGGGUCCCCUGGGGUGGGGCCAAGCCCCCGGAUGCCUUGGUCCGUCUUUCCUCUUGAAUGUAAUGUGGGCGGGUUUGGGAUUUCUCAUUUUGGGGGUGGGAAUUCUGUAUUUUGGGGGCGAUGGAGAAUAAAUGCACUUUGUGA